GCCAUCCGUGCGUUGAGAGAGCCGGCGCUCCAGACUGCCCGGCCCCGGCGGCUGAGCCGCGUGCGCUUGACUGCGGUAACGGCUUCCCAACGGCCCCCGGGGUCGGUGCCGUGGGGCUCGCUCUAUGGUCCGCAGGGCCAGAGCGGCAGCACGCGAGGCGGAACUCUAUGGUGCGGGCGAGCGAGAGUGACUCGGCGCCGCGCGUGCGCACUGCGCGGCCGCGGUGUGACUGGCUGAGCGGCGGGUGCUGGUGCCGGGGUGCGCGGGGAGCGAUGGCGACGUUCUUCGGGGAGGUGGUGGUGGCGCCCUCCCGCGCCGGCGUGGACGACGAGGAGUCGGCGGAGGAGACGCUUGAGGACUGGGAGAUCCGCAGGGAGCUGGAGAAGAAAAGGGAGGUCGACGUGCUCUGGACCUUGAGAGCGGGAGCAUCUGCGGAAAGCGCUGCAGACGAGCCAAUUUCGUGCUCUAAGUUUAUAGUAGCAAUAGGACAUAAUGCUUCAGCUUUCCUGUCAUCUUUUAUUCUGGAUUCCAUAUGCUGGGAAGUAGUUGGAGCUGUGAAACUGUGGAAUGAAUGGUGUCGAACAUCCAACACAACAAAAGUUCUCCCAACAGAUUCUUUCUGUUUGUUCUAUCGAUUAAUAUCAGACCCGACAGUUUUGUUGUGCCAAUGCAGUUGCUACGUUGCUGAGGAUCAACAGUUCCAGUGGCUAGAAAAGGUUUUUGGCUGUAUGAGAAAGGAAGGCUUGCAAGUAACCAUUCUUUCAACGUGUCCUGUAGCUGAUUAUAAAACUCAGGAAUCCACUUUAACACUUCCAUCUCCUUUUCUGAAAGCCUUAAAGACAAAGGAAUUCAAAGAGCCGAUCUGCUGCCCACUGCUGGAACAGCCUAACAUUGUGCAAGAUCUACCUGCUGCUGUUUUGAGUUAUUGUCAAGUAUGGCAGAUUCCUGCGGUAUUGUAUCAGUGUUACACUGAUGUCAUCAAACUGGACACAGUUACAAUUGAAGCGUUCAAGCCUCUGCUUUCUUCUAAAGUCCUGAAAAGUUUAGUCAAGGAUAUCUCUGAAAGCACAAAGAUUUUGAAGAAGUUACUGACAACCAAUGAAACUCACAACAAUAUCUAUAUAUAAAGGGGACAUUUAUCACAUAGACUGCGUUUUUGUGAACUCCAGUUCCUUCUGUAGAGGAGAUCUUGGAACUGUAGUUGUUUCCUUAAAAGUGGAAUAAAUCCUAAUAGAUUUUUACUUUUGCAUUUAUUUUUCUUACUCUUGAAUUCAUCACUACGAAUAUGUGUAUUUCUUCUGCAUGGGAUGGGAGACUUUCAUCUGGAGCAAUUUUGUGUGCAAAAGAUACCUUGAAUAUGAACAUCAACUUUAUUUUUUCUCCUUCUGAAUUGGCAGACUUUUGUAAAUGUAUCCCUUCUAUAUGCGAAAGAGACAAUGCUGUUAGGGAAUUUAGUCAUAUCUAAUGAGGACACCUAUCUUUAUCUUAAGACGUAAAAGUUGCCUUAAUACACAGUCGUCUUUAAAGCUUUGUCUGUUAUGGAGAAAAGAAACUCUGUGUCUUUUCACAUAUAUAUAUCAUAUGUAUAACACAUGUACAUGUACGCAUACAUAUAUCAUUCAGAAUGAAGUAUAGUCAAUAUUGUCAGCAAACUUACUAGUGCAAACUGAAGAAUUUAAAGCUGGUUUUACAAAUCACUAGAAAAGCCAGAAAUAUGGAGUUCUUUUGGAGGACUUUUGAGUGGAAGGGCUUGACUUGGAUUCACUGAGUAAAUUGCCAUGGCUAUUUUAGAUGAUGCUGCCUGCGUAGAUAACAGGAAAGGAUGUGUGCCCUCAUUCAGCUGCAUCAGUUCCCAUUUGCAGCACCUAGUCAAAAACUUGCUUCUUGUUGGCAGUUUCAGCUGAUACACAAGGCCAUGAACUGGAGCCAUAAAGUGCAGCAGCAGGCAUUCCCUGCUUUCAGCCCUCUGGACAGUGGCAGAAACCCCUCCCACUGAAAUUGAGUGGUAGGCUCGCAGGCUGCUUCAGCUGGAUUUGUCAGCGCUUGUGUGUUAGAGUAAAUUAUUCCAGUUUUAAAACCAAAUUUGCCAUGAAACUCUAACUACUACUUCACAUGAAAGAUUUCCUUUGGUUUUACAGGUCAAAACGUCUUCAAAUAUAUCUAAAUUGUUACAAGCAGACUGAAUUAAUCUGUCCUCAUUAUAAUCUGCUUUAAUCCUUUUAAUUACUAGCAAUAGUAGGAAUAGUGCAUUGUCUUUUAUGCUGAAUAUGGCAUUUUCAGAGAAAAGUAAAUGUUCAGAUUUUAGUGUUACAAAAUAUUCUCUCAAAAUUAAUGACUUAAUUUCAGCAGUACUUACAUAAUUUAUUGGGGCUGUCAUGCAGAUAUAACUUUUAUAUACUCCUUGUAUAAUUCAACAUUUUAUUGAAGAAUAUGAUGCUAAAAAUAAUCUGUUGCUACCACAGGUGGUGUCGCUGCAUGGAGAUCUUUAAAUUGCACGUCGCUUAUUCUUUAGGACAAAAAGGACAACAGCUUCAAAGUUCUCUACUUAGUUUAAUUUUGACUUAUAGUGGAUGCCCAGUGGAAAUUUUUGAACGGUGUAUUCCUGUAAUGGAAUUGUCAUCCCUUCUGCUUUGAAAAUGUUAAGCUUGAUCAACGUCCGCUGAAGCAAGUAACCACUGGCUUCAGCAGGUCUGUUAAAACUUCAGUUUUUGAAAUUUCUAACUGCAUACUCUGUGGCAGUUUCAAUUGUAGUGAGAUGUUAUUGAUGUGGAUUCAAAGUUGCUUAUCAGAUGUUGAUAUAAAGUUCUGUUAAUAUAAUUACAGUUUAGAGUUAAGCAAGUAACUGUUGCUUUAAGUGAUACUGUAUUUUGGAACAAACUGAUGAAGUGUGAAGUACAGGAUGUGGGAUCAAUUUGCUGGGUUUUUUUCCCGUUUCCACAUAGUGUUUUAAUUAAAACCUGUAUAUACACAUGAUCUGAGAUGAGAAUUCUGUUGCUCAGAGUCACAUGUUGGCAGCGCCGUUUUCUAACUUAUAUGCUAAAUGUGUUUCGUCCAUAAAAAAUAAUGAAUUUAACAAGAAAAAUUCUUAUUUUGAAUUAAAAAUAUAGAGGCUCUUACAGAAACUGUAAAUACACUUCUGGUACUGGUUUUAUUACCCAUGCAGUUUGCAAGAUUUCAGAACAGUUAUUCAUUGAAUUGCAUUUUGAUUUUACUACCUGGGUUUAUGCAGAGAUGUGAGAGGACUCUUAAUCACCAUGAAUAAAAGCAGCAAACAGAACUCUGUAGCAAUUUGGAAGAUGAAAUUAGGAAGAUUGAAAACUAGUGUGUAUUUUGAAGCAAAAAUAUUUAGCCUUUGGAACAUUCUGCCAAAGGUUGCAGUACCCUUUGAUACCUGGAAACAUUUACAUCAAGACAUGAUAUGUUUUCUGUGACAGGCAUUCCAGUUAGUAGUUCGCUCUAUGUAUCCAGGUAGACUUCUGUGGUCCACAUUACAGCAAGGUCAAACUUCAUGCAGUAGUUCCUUAUGGUGUGCAACUAUAAUUUGUCUGGGCAUGUGCACUAUACAGUCAGUAAGACUCUCACCAUCAGAGCGAGCUGAGUUGCACUCUAUAAACCUGAAAUAUCAGCCUUUUCCAGUGCACAGUAGAACAAAGUAAUGAAGGAAGGUACUUCAUUUAAAAUUCCUUCUAUUUUUUUCCAUAUUUUGAUGUAUCAUAUCCAUAUAGCUCAUGUUUCUGCUUUAAAACAAGUAGCUCUGGAAGCAGCAGAACUAACGAAGCCUGGGUAUCUAAUAAGAGUUGACUGAAGUUUUUCCUCGUAUUUGAACAUUGAUACGUUUCUCUGUGCGUGUUCUGUAGUGUUUAAUAAGAGCCUGCAGUAAGGUUUUCUUUGUUUCUGGUAGCUCCCUGUUGAAGUAAGAUUUGCAGGAACAUUAAAACUCUCUCUCUUUUGUCAAAUGUGUCCAAUGACUUCAGAAGCUUUGGGGGAAGAGGUGACUCCUGGAUUCUUUCUUUAUGUCCAGAAUGUGAUUGUAUAAGCCUUGUUUCUUUAACGAAACAAGGCCAAAAGCAAAUGACCAAACCAAACUGUUAGACUGGAAGAGCUUUUUUCCCUCAAAUUUUCAUGUUAGGAAGCUACUUGCUGCUGAUACUUUUUCAAGUAAUGCUGAGCUCUCUUCCUGUGAGGAAUACUGUCUUCCAAACCAAGGACACAGCCUUAACACAAGUCUAAUCUGCUUUAUAAUGCCACGGAAUACAUUUGGUAGACAGGCAUGUUCUCUUUUUCUUAGGCGAUGUGCCUGACCUAAUUUGUAAGUCCUGGAGUCAUGGUGCCAUUUAAUGAGGUUCUAAGCUCUUAGCUUGGAACUUGUUGAUGUCUGUGCAGUUCAGAGUAAAGAUGUAGAGUACAGGAUUGUACAGACAUACUUAGGGAAUGUUCAAGCCACGAAAUACGGACUUUUUCAGAUUUGUUAUGAGAUCUACACAUUUGAAUACCUGAAGCAGCAAUGUAGCUAUUCAGCAUUUGUUUUCUGUACAGUUUUUGCGAUUACAUAUCCUGCUUUUGUUCUUGAGUCUUCCUCUAUCCCAUGGUUUUUUCUGGGUUUGACGUGGCGUACAAGUUUUUGAAACUUCUCCUUGUGUAACAUCAGCAGAAAUGCUGGCAUUGUGCAGAAAAAUGUGAGCAUGAAUGUUCCUGUUGGAGCCCAAACCCUCUGUGGCACCAAAGCAGCAGAUGGUGGUGCUUGCAUUGUUCUGAAAGUUGCUUUCAGUGACUGCUUGCCUCAUAUCCAAUAAAGUGCUCCCUGAACUUUG